AUGAAGUCUGUUUGUUUACUUUUUGUCGUGCUGGUCGCAGCGGUGGAGGCGCGACAAUUUUCUCGUUGUGAAAUUGUAAAAAAUUUAAGACACCAUGGCUUUCCGGAGCAACAAAUGCGCGAUUGGGUAUGUCUCAUUGAAAAAGAGAGUCAGAAUAGAAACGACGCCAUUGGAAAGUUGAAUGCAGAUGGAUCCUGGGACCAUGGACUUUUCCAGAUCAACGACAGGUACUGGUGCAGUAGAGGGCAUGCGGGUAAAGAUUGUAAUGUUUCAUGUGAAGCUCUACGAAGUGAUAACAUGGGCCCAGCAGCCAAAUGUGCUAAAAAGAUAUUUGCUCGUCACGGCUUCUCCGCCUGGACGGCAUGGCGUGCUUAUUGUCAGGGAGGUUUACCGAAUAUUGGCAACUGUUAA